AUGGACGACGAAGACCACUGGCCGGAGUGCGAAACGUGUCCGAAGCUCUUUGCGACCUGGAAUUCAUGCUAUCAGCACAGGAACGCAACUGGCCGCUGGGCUCCGAAGCACGAGUGCCACACUUGUAGCAAGAAGUUCCAUUCUGCUGAGAAGGCGGCGAGCCAUAUGGCGAGGAACGAUCAUUACUCCAGCCGCUAUUGCAUCGACUGCAAGACCUUCUUCCAAAAUGAAAACAACCUCAAGCAGCACCGCAACUCCAAGCUCCACCGCGGCAGCAACAACAUCACCUGCCCCUUCUGCAAGAACGGCUUCAUGUGCGCCAGCGGCCUCGCCCACCACCUGGAAACUGGCUCCUGCCGCAAUGCUCCCUCCCUCAACCGCGAAAAGCUCUUCCGCGUGGUAUGCCAGGCGGACCCGACCGGCUUCUUCACCAACAUGAACGUCCAGUUCGGCAAAAGCAACGCACGCUGGGAAGUCAACGACGCCGUCUACGACUACUACCGCCGAGCCCGGCCCUGUCAUCUCUGUUCCCAAGGCUUCGCCACCGCCAAUGGCUUGAGUCAGCACCUCAACUCGCCCAAGCAUCAGCAGAAGGUGUAUCACUGCCCGAAGACGUCGUGUGGGAAGAAGUUCGCGGCGCUGGCGGGUUUGGCCAAUCAUUUGGAGAGCGAGAGUUGCGGCUUGAUGCGGUAUGAGGCGGUGCAGAAGAAGUUUGGAAGGAUCAUGGACUCGAGUAGAAUGUUGGGCUAUGGUUGA